CUCCACAAUGUGGUGCACUGGCGCCGUUAACUAUUGGAGAAUGUCGGUAGGUCCCGAAUGUCUUUCCUUAUCAGGAUUGGACUUCCUCCCCGCCGCUCAAACUAUCCAGCCCUCCAGUGUUUCAUACACGCUUCCUGGAGGAUAACCACAGAGCCUUCCUACGGAGCAAGCAAGCCGGGGAGGUAGAAUGAGGUAUACAUAUCUAUGUGAAGGAACAUGAACAUGGACCCUUGAACUCAGGAAAUGACACACCCCCGGCACAAUCUAGUAACGUUUUAGAGUUUUUAUUUGUUUUGUUUAUUUUCCAUCUCUGUCUUUGAUGGAAAACAACUGAUUUAUGUGGCAUUUUUCAUUCAGAUGACACUUAGAAUUGGACAUUGACCGCGUAGCUAUCUCACUACUGUAACGCCUGCUUGUCUCUUGAAGAGUGAUAUUUAAAUUCUACCUUGACACACCUUUCUCCUGCCUCCACAUAUCUCUCAUUUCUGUGGAAGACCGGGACGUUUGACAUCAGCACUUAACACGCAAUAUUCCACCACAAUCUAGUGCUAAGUAAAUUGCUAUAGCCUCCUUGCAAAACCAAGGUGUGUUCAUUUUGGUCUGAUUUAUAGUUUUAAGAUCUAUUGUUUUAUGUUAUUUAAACUCUUGUUUGACAUUUAGCCAUCAUUUCUAAGCUGCACUUUAUUGAUAAAUAUCAAGGUAAUUUCAAACUGUAAUUUAAGCAUAUCUUUGAGUUAUAUUUUUUUUAAUCUUUAGGGGUAUAUAUAUAAUGUUUUAAUUUUAAACUUGAAAAGUAUAUCGUUUUUGUUUACAAGCCUUGUCUGUCGAUCAUUCCGAAAUGGACAAAUCUAGAAUCUGAUAGCAUUUAAGGACAAGGCAGACAUAAUCUGGAAUUGACAGAUCUAAGAUCGAUCCUUGUCUUCGGCAUUUGCAUUGUGAAGGCUGGUGUUUUUCAUUGUUUUUAUGUUCCUCUUUUGGAUUGACACACUAAAGAGAAGAUUCUCCAUCUGAAGGCCAGUGGGAGUUAUUUUUUCUUGGAUCGUACAAUACUUUUUUGAGUGCAGAUGGAUUUCACACGUCAAACUCAGAGGUGCUUUUGUGGCGUUGCCUUUGCAAUUCAAGCACUGAAGUGGUAGAAUGAUUUUAAGGUUUCAAGGAUAAAUAACUUGUGUUUUUAAUACAGACUGACAGGUCUAUAGUUAUAUUUUGGUCUUCCUAGCAGAUCCUAAGGAGAGGUGCUUCUAUUUGAUUCUCCUUUAAGGUGGCCAUCAGUGGCGAAAUGAACUGACAUGUGUAUCACUGCCUGAAUUUAAACAGACUUAAUCCAUCCAACAAACUGCCAACUGCAUGAAACACUCACACACCGUCCACCUGUCAGGAAACAGACCGUACCUACCGUAAACCUGAGGGUUGGAAGUCCUCUCCCGUCAAGCCCCCCACACUAAGGAUGCGUUCCCCAGAGCCCCCCAUCCCAUCCCCAGCUGAAGCGCUACUCCACUGCCAGUUCGGGGGCUGGGGAACGGGCAGCAGCUGCAACAACAGCUGCCCCAACAGUCCUGGAGGUCCUGGGGGUCUGUCGUCCCUGUCUCCCACCCCCAACCCCUCUCCUGCCUCCAGCUACGCCUUGACCCUCACCCCCUCCCACAUCCACGUCCAGCGCCUGGCCCCCCGCCCUGGUAAAGAGGCACGUCUAAUACUACCCCUGUCAGAGCUGGCAGGGUGCAGCUGUCCCCGUGCCCCUGCUCCCCCCUUGCUGGUUCUAUACUGGUAUCCCCCGGGGAGGCGGAGGAAGGGGGUGUCCAGGAGGAGGCAGGUGAGGGCGUACCUGGCUGAGGCCAGGGUGGAGGCUGAGAGGUGGUCCACUGCUAUACAAUGUCUGCUCAGGGGAGUCGCCAUCACUGCUGACACAGAAAUUGGCAAAGGUCUACUACCCCGUCCCCGAAGGCUGCUGCUAUUGGUGAACCCCUUCAGUGGGAGAGGCCAGGCUAUGCAGUGGUGUCAGACACACAUCCUGCCAAUGAUCAGAGAGGCUAACAUCAGCUACAACCUGAUACAGACAGAGCGACAGAACCAUGCCAGAGAGUUGAUCAAAGAGAUCUCCCUGCCACAGUGGGACGGCAUCAUCAUCGUCUCUGGAGAUGGCCUGCUGCACGAGGUGAUCAAUGGUUUGAUGGAGCGUCCAGACUGGGAACUAGCAAUAAAGACACCUGUAGGCAUCCUGCCCUGUGGCUCUGGAAAUGCCCUGGCUGGCUCCAUCAACCACCAUGCAGGCUAUGACAUGUGCCUUCGGGAGCCUCUCCUCCUCAACUGCUGUUUUCAGCUCUGCCGUGGCGGAGUCAAGCCCAUGGAUUUGGUCUCUGUGACAACCAGCCCUGCCCCUUCUCAAAAUGGCCGUCCGGGUCUUCCCAGAAGGAUGUUCUCCUUCCUGUCUGUGGCCUGGGGCUUUGUGUCUGACGUGGACAUCGAGAGUGAGAGGUACCGGGGUCUGGGCUCGGCACGGUUCACCCUUGGCACUCUGGUCCGCCUGGCCUCCCUGCGCUCCUAUAAGGGCCGUUUGUCCUACCUGCCCCCCUCCAUAGUCGCCACAUCCCCAGACGCCAUUCCUCCGCCCCUGCGCAGACCCCUGUCCCGCAGCAUCACUGAGGGCCUGGAGGGCUUCUGCCACACCCCCAUCCAACGCACCAGCUCUGACAUGGGCCUCAGCGAACAGAGGAGUCUGAGGAGGGUAGACACGGAAAGGGAGAGGGAGAGAGAGAUGGAGAGGCAGAGAGAGAGGGAGAGGAGGAGGGAGAGGGCCAGAGGAGGGGGAACGGGGGUGGUCAGGGCGAGUAGCUUGGCAGAGGAUAGAGAGGGAGAGGCGGAGAGGUCAGGGACAAGUUCGGAGAGAUCUGGGACGAGUUCGGAGUCGAACGAAAGGGAAGAUUGCAGGAUGGGAAGGGAGGAUGGGAUGACGAGGAACAUGGAAGAAAAGCCAGAUGAGGAAAGAGAAAACAGAACGAUGGAGCAGGACUCAGGGGUGAUAGAGGAUAUAGAGGAGAGAGUGAGGAAUGGGGAAGGCAGCAGCGGCUCAGUGGAUGGGGUGAUGGAAGCGAAGGAGGUUGGAGAGGGGUACGGGGUGGACAUGGGGCGAGAGGCCAACGAGGACCCAGAGGGGUGUUACUCGUACCCAGACAACCUCCAGCAGACCAGACUGGCUCUAAGGAAGAACUCUGCCCCUUCCAGCCAGAUAGCUAACGCCUUCUUUAGCCAGCCCCUCAGCCAGGAGGCUGACCCCGUGUCUGGAGCCUCGUACAGAGCAGAAGAGAUGGAUCUGAACGGAACAUACUUCCAGAAAGAAGCUUACCCACUGGACAUCGCCCGGGAGAGAGCCCUCACCAUAUCCUCUCCCUUCAGACACUCUCCUUUCUCCUUCAAGCCCAAAUCUCUGGACCAGAACGCAUCCCGCCCCAGACCCCUAUCCCUCCUCCACCACCCCCACUCCAACUCCCUACCCCCCAAACUCCCCUCCCUGUCCCUGUCCCUCUCCCUCUCUCCCACACCCCCUUCCUCCCCGUCCUGCGCCUCCCCCCACUCCUCCUCCUACCUCGUUCCGCGCCCCAACACCCCCAACUCUACCUCCCCUUCCCCGUCUCUCCAGUCCCCCUCCCCCUCCUUUACCUUUGACAUUGGAGAGCCUGCUGGACCCCUCAAGAACUGCCCCCCCGUCUCACUCCCUUUCAACCCCCCCAGGGAUGACCUCCUGCCCCCCUUGGACCAGGCCCUGCCGACCCGGGACUGGGUGACCAUUGAGGGGGACUUUGUGCUUGUGCUGGCCAUCUACCAGUCCCAUCUCGGGGCAGACCUCCACGCCGCCCCCCAAGCCAGGUUUGACGACGGGCUGAUCCACCUGACGUUUGUGCGGGCAGGGAUCUCCAGAGCCACCCUGCUCCGUCUGUUCCUGGCCAUGGAGAGGGGGGCACACCUGUCUCUCAGCUCCCCCUAUGUGAGCCACGUCCCAGCCAGGGCCUUCAGGCUGCAGCCCCUCUCCCUACGAGGAACACUCACUGUGGACGGGGAACUGGUGCCAUACGGCCCGCUGCAGGCACAGGUCCAUCCCUCUAUGUCCCGGCUCAUUGUCGGCGACUCUGGAGUGAAGAUCACCCGAUUCUGACAAGGGAUUGGCUGACCAGAUCAGCUGAUACGGCGCUCUCUCCAAUUAUAUAAUCUCUGUUGCCAUCUACGUUCACAGAGAAAGGGGAGAAAAAAAUCCUCAGACUGAAAAUAGACCGAAUCAUUUCUGGGGUUUAAUGGAAGGGAUCACCUGCUGAGCAGAGCGGCGGUGCAGGACGCAAGCCGAGGGAUUAAUAGAGAAUUUUAAAAACGGAUGAAAACGAGCUUUGUUGCACAGCUGUUGGAUUACACUCCGUUUAUCCUGAGAAGCCUGUACCUGCAUAGCCAUGGGAACAAAAUAGGGGGGGGACAAGUUGAAUGUGUAUGGUGGAGUGUGUAUUCAGUGCAUGUGUGUGGUGUAUACAUUCUAGUAUGCACAAAUGGCAUGCAGAGAUGCACAUUUCCUGACCUUGCCUUACAGAGAGAGUUCAGAUUUCUUUGUUCUCUAUCAAAGCUGUCCUAGAACAGUUCUAGUUCUAUAUCAGAACUAUCAAAGCUGUCCUAGAACAGUUCUAGUUCUAUAUCAGAACUAUACUAGAACAGUUCUAGAUCUAUUUCAGAGGGAGCCACACCCUCAUGCAAAUGUAGAUCCCCUUCCGUAUUGGAACCUCCGUCCUUCCCUGUAAUGCCUUAAAGUACAACUCCUGUGACCUUUCCCUUUCUGUCUUAUAUAAGAAGCCUAAACCUGCGACUGCAAAUCUCCAUUCACCAGAGGCUGGUGGGAGGAGUUAUAGGAGGACGGGCUCAUUGUAAAGACUGGAAUGGAAUUAAUGGAACGGUAUCAAACCCAUACAAAACCCCAUGUUUGACUCCGUUCUAUUUAUUCCAUUCCAGCCAUGACAAUGACCUCAUACAGCUCCUCCCACCAGCCUCCUCUGCCAUCCAGGUAUAUCAGAAGGGACCGUCCACUACAGGAAAAACAAAGCAAAGCUGAUGAGCAUACUGUGGUGUUAGUUAAGUUUGUAUUGGUGUGUAUGAAAUAUCUGUGAACAAAGGAAGUUUAUUAGCAAUCCCAUGGAGAUGAUUACUCCUAGAAUAAACCAGUAAAGUUAGAUCAACACUGAAAUAAAUAUAAAGCUCAUUGAGUCCUUUUACACGGGUAUUCCACAAUAGUAGGGUAGACGGGACUGUUGAACAGUAGCCAUCAUGGUGUAUAGUGCAUUUGCCUGUUUUUCUUAGCAAAAGGGGUGCAUGAUGAUGAUGAUGAUGCUAGAUUAUGAAGUUGCAACACAGUGAACAUGAGACUGUUGCUUGAUCAAGUUUCAUGUAUGUUGUCACGGAAUCCUCUGAAAGUCUCACAAAGACCCAGAAUGCUGGUUGUUUUCAGCAAAUAGUCACUAGUUCCACAUGUGUAAACUGCCUUUUUACAUAGCUCUGUUGUAGUCGGUUUUAAUUGAGUCGAUUCUGAUGUGUUAUGCAGCUGCAGAAAAUCAACACUCGAUUGGAUUCUAUCUCUUAGAUAAAGAUUGCUGUUUAAAGGAACAAGAUGUACUUGUCUUGCUGGUGCUAUUUACCACAUGACAAGCAGAUCGUUUCCAUAGGAGACAGUUAUAAUCUUUAACAGACAACAUAAACUCAGUAAAUGAUUGAUUACCAUCUUGAGGAUUUAGCUAGUCACAGACAAGGCUGUGCCUCCCAACUCAUCAUUGCUUACAUUUCAGACAUGGCUUUCUCAAUGGGAUGUAGCCUAUACAGUUGGAGUCAUUAAAACUAGUUUUUCAACUACUCCACAAAUUUCUUGUUAACAAACUAUAGGUUUGGCAAGUCGGUUAGGACAUCUACUUUGUGCAUGACACAAGUAAUUUAUCCAACAAUUGUUUACAGACAGAUUAUUUAACUUAUAAUUCACUGUAUUACAAUUCCAGUGGGUCAGAGGUUUACAUAAACUAAGUUGACUGUGCCUUUAAACAGCUUGGGAAAUUAUGUAAUGGCUUUCGAAACUUCUGAUAGGCUAAUUGACAUCAUUUGAGUCAAUUGGAGGUGUACCUGUGGAUUUAUUUCAAGGCCUACCUUCAAACUCAGUGCCUCUUUGCUUGACAGCAUGGGAAAAUCAAAAGAAAUCAGCCAAGACCUCAGAAAAAAAAUUGUAGACCUCGACAAGUCUGGUUCAUACUUAGGAGCAAUUUCCAAAUGCCUGAAGGUACCACGUUCAUCUGUACAAACAAUAGUAUACAAGUAUAAACACCAUGGGACCACGCAGCCGUCAUACCGCUCAGGAAGGUGCCAAAAGUGCAAAUCAAUCCCAGAACAGCAGCAAAGGACCUUAUGAAGAUGCUUGAGGAAACAGGUACAAAAGUAUCUAUAUCCACAGUAAAACGAGUCCUAUAUCGACAUAACCUGAAAGGCUGCUCAGCAAGGAAGAAGCCACUGCUCCAAAACCGCCAUAAAAAAGCCAGACUACGGUUUGAAACUGCACAUGGGGACAAAGAUUGUACUUUUUGGAGAAAUGUCCUCUGGUCUGAUGAAACAAAAAUAGAACUGUUUGGCCAUAAUGACCAUCGUUAUGUUUGGAGGAAAAAGGGAGAGGUUUGCAAGCCGAAGAACACCAACCAACCGUGAAGCAUGGGGUGGCAGCAUCAUGUUGUGGGGGUGCUUUGCUGCAGGAGGGACUGGUGCACUUCACAAAAUAGAUGGCAUCAUGCUUCACCUGCUGUUUUCAACUCUAGAGACAGCAGGAGCGGUAGAGAUACUCUCAAUGAUUGGCUAUGAAAAGCCAACUGACAUUUACUCCUGAGGUGCUGACUUGUUGCUCCCUUGACAACUACUGUGAUUAUUAUUAUUUGACCAUGCUGGUCAUUUAUGAACAUUUUAACUUCUUGGCCAUGUUCUGUUAUAAUCCCCACCUGGCACAGCCAGAAGAGGACUGGCCACCCCUCAUAGCCUGGUUCCUCUCUAGGUUUCUUCCUAGGUUUUGGCCUGUCUAGGGAGUUUUUUCCUAGCCACUGUGCUUCUACACCUGCAUUGUUUGCUGUUUGGGGUUUUAGGCUGGGUUUCUUUACAGCACUUUGAUAUAUCAGCUGAUGCAAGAAGGGCUAUAUAAAUACAUUUGAUUUGAUCAUGAGGAAGGAAAAUUGUUGAUAUAUUGAAGCAACAUCUCAAGACAUCAGUCAGGAAGUUAAAGCUUGGUCGCAAAUGGGUCUUCCAAAUGGACAAAUGACCCCAAGCAUACUUCCAAAGUUGUGGCAAAAUGGCUUAAGGACAACAAAGUCAAGGUAUUGAAGUGGCCAUCACAAAGCCCUGACCUCAAUCCCAUAGAAAAUGUGUAGGCAGAACUGAAAAAUCGUGUGCGAGCAAGGAGGCCUACAAACCUGACUCAGUUACACCAGCUCUUGUCAGGAGGAAUGGGCCAAAAUUCACCCAAUUUAUUGUGGGAAGCUUGUGGAAGGCUACCCGAAACGUUUGACCCAAGUUAAAAAAUUUAAAGGUAAUGCUACCAAAUACUAAUUAAGUGUAUGUAAACUUCUGACCCACUGGGAAUGUGAUGAAAGCUGAAAUAAAUUAUUAUUUCUACUAUUAUUCUGACAUUUCACAUUCUUAAAAUAAAGUGGUGAUCCUAACAGGGAAUGUUUACUAGGAUUAAAUGUCAGGAAUUGUGAAAAACUGAGUUUAAAUGUAUUUGGCUGUAUGUAAACUUCCAACUUCAACUGUACCUAGUAUGUCUAUGUUGAACGGGUGUUUUAGUUAACCUCAAAAACAUAUGAUUCUUUUGUAAUUGUGACCGGAACAAAUUUAAUAUGUCAGGAAUUUAAUCUCAUGAGCAUGUAUCAAUCAGUUAUGCCAUGUUUGACUGCUCGGGGCUGUUUGGUCCACAGUACCCCUGCCGCUUGAUAUGGAUUAGUCAUGUCUGAGUAAUUCAAGGCCUCUGUGUUCUCUUGCCUGCUAAUUUUAGGCCCUGUUCAAAUACUUUCAGAUGCAGCCCUUCCUCCUAACCUUUACUCCUUCCUCUGAGUAAUCCCUGAUAUCACAAGACUUGAUUGGUGAAGGCUGUGUGAUAUAAUCCUUGCUGAUGCAGUGUCGCUAAUUAGUUAAUUUCAGUGAUUUACUUUAAGGAAGGGAAAUAUUUCAUUUCAAACGGGGCCUUGGUCCCUAGACCAAAGCUGUCCAUCCCUGGUCAUGCAAGGUAAAUUGACAGGAUAUACACCAAGCUUCCUUCUAUUAUAACGGGUGUCGUAAUCCUCCUCCUCAGACGAGGAGAAGAGAGAAGGAUCGGAGGACCAAAACGCAACGGGUGUUGAAUACAUAAUGAUUUAUUAACCAAGACGGGAAAAACACUAUAACAAACUAAACUUGAUAUCCUACAAAAUAAUAAACGAUGAAGACAGACCUAGACGACGAACUUACAUAUAACAUGAAGAACGCACGAACAGGGAAAAUAGACUACAUAAAAAGAACGAUGUACAAACAAACCGAACAGUCUCGUAUGGUGCGACAAACACUGACACAGGAGACAAUCACCCACAAACAAACAGUGUGAAAACACCUACCUUAAUAUGACUCUCAAUUAGAGGAAAACGCCAAACACCUGCCUCUAAUUAAGAGCCAUACCAGGCAACCCUUAAACCAACAUAGAAACAGAAAACAUAGAAUGCCCACCCAAACUCACGUCCUGACCAACUAACACAUACAACAAACUAACAGAAAUAGGUCAGGAACGUGACAUCUAUCUAUGGUCUGAGGAUAAAACAUUUCACAAGACUAGAUGGGGGUUCUCGGGCUGGUGUCAGUGCAUUAUGACAAAUAAUUACAAAACUAUUCACUCUCAAUUUUAAGAGACUCGCUGUGACAAUGGAAACCUGAUGUACUGCUCAGUGUCUGUGACCAGGGUCCUACAACCGGGAUUUCAGGAAAACUUUCAAUAAAUUCCCUGGUUAACUGAAUUUUGCAACCCGAGGUGUGACCCCUUGCUAAUGCCAGUAAGAUGUAUUGUCUAUAGAUGGAUUGGCCUGUAAUAAACUUGUAAUUAUUACUAAAAUGAAAAUAUAUACAUAUAAUGUACAGUUCAUAGUUAUAUAUUGUUUUUAAAAUGUUUUUCCCUUAAAAUAAUAAAUGUAUCUUGUAAACUUGUC